UCGCCCCCACCCCUCUCCCGCGCCCCGCUGAGGAGCCGCCUUCCCUCUUCCCCCUCCUCCACCCGCCCGCCUGCCCUGCACCGGCUCACCCGCCAGCUCAGACGGACGGACAGACAGACGGACGGACAGACAGACAGACGUCUCUGCGCCGCUGCCCGGCUGUCCCGGCUCCCCCUCCCCCGCGCGCGGCCGCCGCCGCCGCCCAGCCAGGUAGGCACUGCUGUAUGAAAGAUUUAAUCUCUACUGCUAAGUGUAUAAAAGCGUAAAUCUUAGGCUCAGAAGUGAUACCAGCAGAGCCUAAGGCUUCCCUGUCCAUAUAAGUUUUUACUGGCAGAAGCACCACUGAGAUCUGAAUCCUGGAACUUGCUUUCAAGAGCUUGAAACAAAGGACUUCUGUCUAAUUUGGGCAUGGCUAAUCGAGGAGCAACAAGACCCAAUGGGCCAAAUGCUGGAAAUAAAAUUUGCCAGUUCAAACUAGUACUUUUAGGAGAGUCUGCAGUUGGCAAAUCAAGUUUGGUGCUUCGUUUUGUAAAAGGACAGUUUCAUGAGUUUCAAGAAAGUACAAUUGGAGCUGCUUUUCUAACGCAGACUGUAUGUCUCGAUGAUACAACGGUAAAAUUUGAAAUUUGGGAUACAGCUGGGCAAGAGCGGUACCACAGUUUAGCACCCAUGUACUACAGAGGAGCACAAGCAGCUAUAGUGGUAUACGACAUUACAAAUGAGGAGUCCUUUGCCAGAGCGAAAAAUUGGGUCAAAGAACUUCAGCGACAAGCAAGUCCUAACAUUGUAAUAGCUUUAGCAGGAAACAAAGCUGAUCUAGCUAACAAAAGAGCUGUGGAUUUCCAGGAAGCACAAGCUUAUGCAGAUGACAACAGCUUAUUGUUCAUGGAGACGUCUGCCAAAACAUCUAUGAAUGUAAAUGAAAUAUUCAUGGCAAUUGCAAAAAAAUUGCCCAAGAAUGAACCACAGAAUGCAGGAGCCAACUCUGCCAGAGGAAGAGGAGUAGAUCUUACUGAACCCACACAACCACCCAAGAGUCAAUGUUGUAGUAACUAAAACAUCAAUUGCUUUAAACUGUUCUGAAUAUUCUUCUGCUUCCUAACUGUUAAUAACCGUGGAAUUGGAGUGCUUAACCUGGCCCAGUACAGCUUCCAAACAGUGAAGAGACUUAUGAUAAUAGUCAAGUUCAUGAUACAGAGGGGGUUUUUUUGACCUAAAAUUUUAACAUGCAUGUAUCCACCACUGGCUGUAAUGUUUCAGCAGUAGAGGAGAGAUGGAAGCGGAAUAAACUUCCUUCAGUUGAAAGGUUUUAAAAAUCACUUACCAUUAGGGGUGUAGAACUACCUUCCGUGGACCUAAUUGGCCAGUUCCUGUAGCCUCGAUACUGAUUACUGUUAUAAUAAAUAGAAUUGGGACUUUUCAUAAUUCUCAGUUGUGCUUUAAAACCUUUUUAGAAACAGGGUCUAAAAAUUAGUUAAACUUAUUCACAGUAUUGAUGCAACCAGUUAUUUCUGCAGUUAUCUACUGUUUAGUUAUACAUUCCAUAGUUUAAUAAUGUAAUUACAAAUAAUACUUGCAUUAAUGAUUUUAAGAACCCUUUGCUUGCAGGAAAGUGGAGUUUUAGUUGGUACACUGUAUGUAAAUUAUAUCAACCCAGUUAGUUAUCUAAAGGGAUUAGUGAUAAAUCAAGUUUAACUUCAUUUCUGAUCUGUUCAGAGGGUACAGAGCAGUAAAUUCAACUUUUACGGCUUCGGAUUCUUUUUUUCCCCCCUCUACAAACUGUAAGAGCUCUUCAAGUAAAACCACAACAAACUCGG